AUGAAGCUCACCUUGACUGCCUUGCUGGCAUCCGCCCUCACUGGCGUCUUCGCCGUCCCCACGCCUACCGAGCAGGGUCCCAUCACCGCCCGCCAGGCGGCAGGUGCGUGCGCAACAGCAGUCACCCUGUCCGGCAACCCCUUCGCAGGACGCUCGAUCUAUGCCAACAAGUUCUACUCGUCCGAGGUCGUCUCUGCGGCUGCUUCCAUCACCGACAGCGCAUUGAAGGCGAAAGCCACCAAGGUGGCCCAGGUGGGAACUUACCUCUGGAUCGACACCCGAGCCAAGAUCGCUUCCGUCGAGGACGCUAUCAAGAACGUCGGUUGCAACCAGAUCGCUGCUCUUGUCAUCUACAACCUCCCCGGCCGUGACUGUGCCGCCAAGGCCUCGAACGGAGAACUCGCCGUUGGCCAGAUUGAUGUCUACAAGACACAGUACAUUGACCCCAUCGUCGCCAUCAUCAAGAAGUACCCCAAGGUCGCCAUCUCCCUGAUCAUUGAGCCCGACUCCCUCCCCAACCUCGUCACCAACAUCAACCUCGCCCCAUGCCAGGCUUCCGCCGCUGGUUACCGCGAAGGUGUCGCAUACGCGCUCAAGUCGCUCAACCUCCCCAAUGUAGCCAUGUACAUUGAUGCUGGCCACGGCGGCUGGCUGGGCUGGAACGACAACCUUAAGCCUGGCGCCCAAGUCCUUGCCGACGCCUACAUUGCCGCCGGCAAGCCCAAGUCCCUCCGCGGCAUCUCCACAAACGUGGCCGGGUGGAACGCCUUCGACUUAACCCCCGGCGAGUUCUCCAACACCCCCGACGCCCAGUACAACAAGGGGCAGAACGAGAAGGCCUACAUCGAGCUCUUCGCGCCCUACCUCAAGGCCGCGGGCAUGCCGUCCCAGGCCAUCGUCGACACCGCCCGCAAUGCCGUGCAGGGCCUGCGCAAGGAGUGGGGUAACUGGUGCAACAUCAAGGGUGCCGGCUUCGGUGUGCGACCCACGACCAGCACGGGCAGCACGCUUGUCGACUCGUUUGUCUGGGUCAAGCCCGGCGGCGAGAGCGACGGCACCAGCGACUCCUCGGCGACCCGCUACGACUCCUUCUGCGGCAAGGAAGAGAGCUUCAAGCCCAGCCCCGAGGCCGGACAGUGGAACCAGGCCUACUUCGAGAUGCUGCUCCAGAACGCUAAGCCUUCUUUCUAG